AUGAUAGGUCUUAAAGGUCGUUUAAAUAUCAUAGAUAAUUCAGGGGGAAUUAUAGCUGAGUGUAUCAAUGUGUUAAAGGUUAAGACGAAACAACAUUCGUCGGGUUUUGCGACUGUUGGCGACGAAAUUGUCUGCGUCAUCAAUAAAGCUCGUCCUAUUCCCCCCCAGAGCAGAAUAGCAGCUUCAUCAAAUAUACAAAAAGUACGGAAAGGGGAUGUGAGGCGGGCAGUGGUGGUUCGGACUAGAAAAGCGGAAAGACGGCCUGAUGGGAGAUACAUUUCAUUCGACGAUACGGCUUGCGUGUUGCUCAAUAACAAAGGUGAAAUGAUUGGGACUCGAGUCAAUGGAGUGGUAUCGAAUGCUUUGAGAGAUAUACAAGGUCCUACUGGUGCUAGAUGGUCUAAAGUGUUGAGUUUGGCACCUAAAGUUUGA